AGAGAGAGAGAGAGAGAGAGGGGAAUAGGAUUUUAGAGAUAUAGAGAGCGAGGUAGAAGGCGCGGAGUGGCCGUCCGAAAUCAAGCAGAGAGACAAAGAGAGAAAUAGAGAGAGAAAGAGAAGAGGAGAGAGAAAGAGAGAGGGUCGGCAUUUGUAUUCUUAUUUCUUGGUUUUCUUUCCAUAAUAUAGCCUUUUGUUUCUCAACCGAAAUCCGCGUUACCGUUUCGUUAGCUCUCUAUUUUUUAGGCCUUUGGAAAAAUUUUCUCUGCAAAUUAGAAAAAAAAAAAUUCAAAAUUGGAAAAAAAAAAAAUUUCCACUUUAGGGGAAAGAAAGAAAGACACAGAUAGAGCAGCGAAAACACAGAUCACGAACUCACGGAAAAUUGGAAAUUAAAAAAAAAAAAAAGGGAGAAAAGUUAUCAAAUUUGAUAGAUCUCGCUGCUCGCAAUCCGCAGCGGACUUCGAAUCUUCGAUCGGAUUUGGAAUACAUUUAUAGCUGCAUUAAUUCGAUUUCCUGGAAAAUAAAUUUUUUUCCCGGAAAAUUGUUUUCAGUGAAUUCUUUCUUUACCUUUUUGAUUAUUAUUUUUAUUUUUUAUCUGGAGGUGGAGGAAAAAUUCUGAGGACAGGGAUUUGUUAAGGUGCUAAGGCGGGGGAUGAGACAGAGAUCCUUCUAGGUAGUUUCUAGAAGGCUCGGAUCUGGUGGCGGUAAUCGUCUCGUCGGAUGAGAGAGGGAGGCGUAUGUUUCAGGGAUCAAAAGGCAAAACGAUGAAAUGGGUAACAUUGCUUAAGGACAUCAAAGAGAAGGUCGGUUUUACUCAAUCUCCUUCUUCCUCGUCUCCUUCUGCUACUGCUGGUUCUUCUUCUUCGGCUAUCUCAUCCUCUUCUUGGGAUAACAAUGCUUCUUCAGCUCGUCAAAGCCUCUCCUAUUCUCCUUCAAGAGACCAACAUGAAUUGGAAUUGGACUUCAAGAGAUUUUGGGAAGAGUUUCGUUCAUCCAGCUCUGAAAAGGAGAAAGAAGCGGCCUUGAAUUUAACUGUAGAUGCCUUUUGUAGAUUAGUGAAGCAGCAUGCUAAUGUAGCCCAGUUAGUUACCAUGUUAGUUGAAACACAUAUAUUCUCUUUUGUUGUGGGAAGAGCAUUUGUAACAGAUAUUGAGAAACUAAAGAUCAGCAGCAAAACAAGAUCUUUGGAUGUAGCAAAAAUAUUAAUGUUUUUUUCAGAAGUCACAAAGGAUGGCAUCAAUCCAGGUUCAAAUUUGUUAGCUGCAAUAGAGAUCCUUGUUUCUGGGCCCAUUGAUAAGCAAUCUCUUCUUGAUUCGGGAAUUUUAUGCUGCCUCAUUCAUAUUCUCAAUGCCCUUUUGGAUCCUGAUGAAGCCAUUCAAAGGCAAAAGGCUACUGAUGAUGAAGGAACUUUGCUAGCUGAGAAUGUUUAUAACGGUGAUGCUGGCCAAAUCCGUCGGCUUGAGGUAGAGGGAAGUAUUGUGCACAUUAUGAAAGCACUAGCAAGCCACCCGUCGGCAGCACAAAGUUUGAUUGAGGAUGAUUCACUUCUAAUGCUCUUUCAGAUGGUUGCUAAUGGGUCCUUGAUAAUCUUCUCUCGGUAUAAGGAAGGCCUUGUUUCUCUGCACAGCAUACAGCUUCAUAGGCAUGCUAUGCAGAUACUUGGUCUUCUUUUGGUCAAUGACAAUGGAAGCACGGCAAAAUAUAUUCGCAAACAUCAUCUGAUAAAGGUUUUACUAAUGGCUGUCAAAGAUUUUAAUCCCGACUGUGGUGAUUCUGCCUACACAAUGGGCAUUGUGGACUUGUUACUUGAAUGUGUGGAAUUAUCAUACAGACCUGAGGCUGGUGGUAUCAGGCUUAGGGAGGAUAUACAUAAUGCUCAUGGUUAUCAGUUCCUUGUUCAGUUUGCAUUAACACUUUCCAUGCUGCCAAAAAGUCAGGGUUUUCAGUCUUCUCAUUCCAACUCUUCUUCAGAACAAAAUCGUGUCUCUGAUGGUUCUCAUGCAUUGGAUGAUGUGGACAAACAGGGUUUCAUGGAAAAAGAGGAUCCUCUGACGUACCAACUUUCACCGACUCUGUCUAGGUUGCUUGAUGUUCUUGUUAAUCUAGCCCAAACUGGACUACCUGAAAUUUCAGGGUCUUCAGGAGUGAAAAGCUCCAAAUCUUCUCAUUCCAGGACUAGUAGCCAGAGCAGAAACCGUACAUCCUCUUCUGAACGGUUUUCUGAUGAAGUUUGGGAGAAGGGAAAUAAUAAAGUUAAAGACCUUGAAGCAGUUCAAAUGUUGCAGGACAUUUUUCUAAAAGCCAAUAGCAGAGAAUUGCAAGCAGAAGUUCUAAAUAGAAUGUUUAAAAUAUUCUCAAGUCAUCUUGAAAACUACAAGUUAUGUCAGCAGUUACGAACUGUUCCUCUCUUUAUCUUAAAUAUGGCUGGUUUUCCUCCACCUUUGCAAGAGAUAAUCUUGAAAAUUCUUGAAUAUGCUGUGACUGUUGUGAAUUGUGUUCCUGAGCAAGAAUUACUUUCACUUUGCUGCUUAUUGCAGCAACCAAUAGCAUCAGACUUAAAGCACACCAUAAUUUCCUUCUUUGUUAAACUCUUAUCAUUUGACCAGCAGUACAAGAAAGUUCUGCGUGAAGUUGGAGUCCUGGAGGUUCUGUUAGAUGACCUGAAACAACACAAGUUCCUUUCGGGUUCAGAACAGCACAGCAGUAAUGAUAAUCAGUUGGAGAGAAAAUCCAACUCAAGCAGCUUUAAGAAACAUUUGGACAGUAAGGAUAUCAUUAUUUCGUCACCCAAGCUGAUGGAGUCUGGCUCAGGAAAGUUUCCCAUAUUUGAAGUUGAGAGUACAAUUGCUGUUGCAUGGGAUUGUAUGGUGUCUUUGUUAAAGAAAAGUGAAACCAAUCAGUCAUCUUUCCGUUCAGCUAAUGGUGUUACUGCUGUUCUCCCCUUCGUUGUGUCUGAAAUACAUCGUCCUGGGGUCCUCAGGGUAUUAUCAUGUUUGAUCAUUGAAGAUGCUACUCAGGUACACUCUGAAGAGUUAGGUGCAAUUGUUGAAAUCUUGAAAAGUGGAAUGGUUUCCAGUGUUUCGGGAAUCCAAUACAGUCUUCAAAAUGAUGCAAAAUGUGAUACUAUGGGAGCUGUGUGGCGCAUUUUGGGAGUGAAUAGUUCUGCUCAGAGAGUUUUUGGUGAAGCCACUGGUUUUUCUCUUUUGCUUACCACACUUCAUAGUUUCCAAAGUGAUGGAGAGUGUGCAGAUCAAUCUUCUUUGGAGGUUUAUAUUAAGGUUUUUACAUGUUUGUUGCGUGUUGUAACUGCUGGAGUGUGUGAUAAUGCUGUUAAUAGGAUGAAAUUGCAUGCAAUUAUAUCAUCCCAAACAUUUUAUGAUCUUUUAUCUGAAUCUGGCUUACUGUGUGUGGAGUGUGAAAAGCAAGUCAUUCAGUUAUUGUUUGAGCUAGCUCUCGAAAUUGUGCUUCCACCUUUCUUGACGUCAGAGAGUCCCAUAUCAUCUGACGUGAACAAAAAUGAAUCACCAAUGUUUAUGUUAGUGACUACAUCUGGGUUGUUUCUUCCUGAGAAAGAACGAGUUUACAAUGCCGGCCCUGUUAGAGUUCUUAUACGUUCAUUGUUGCUCUUCACUCCCAAGGUGCAGUUGGAAGUGCUGGGUCUUAUUGAGAAGCUAGCCCGAGCUGGGUCCUUCAAUCAGGAAAACCUGACUUCUGUAGGUUGUGUAGAACUUUUAUUGGAGACUAUCCACCCCUUCCUUCUGGGUUCAUCUCCAUUACUCUCUUAUGCUCUGAAGAUUGUAGAAGUUCUUGGUGCAUAUAGAUUAUCUGCAUCAGAACUCAGAAUGCUUAUUAGAUAUGUAAUACAAAUGAGGCUAAUGAAUUCAGGCCAUAUACUUGUUGACAUGAUGGAAAGGUUAAUUCUUAUGGAAGAUAUGGCCUCGGAAAAUGUUUCUCUUGCACCCUUUAUAGAGAUGGACAUGAGAAAAACUGGGCAUGCUUCUGUUCAGGUCUCUCUUGGAGAGAGAUCAUGGCCUCCAGCUGCUGGUUAUUCAUUUAUUUGUUGGUUUCAGUUUCGAAAUUUCUUAAAGGCACAGGCAAAAGAUAUAGAUCCUUCCAAAGCUGGUCCUACAAGGCGGAGCAGCUCUAAUGGACAAAAUCAUGAGCGGCAUAUUCUCCGGCUAUUUUCUGUUGGUGCAGCAAAUAAUGAAAAUACAUUCUAUGCGGAGCUUUAUCUUCAGGAGGAUGGCAUUCUAACACUUUCAACCAGCAACUCUUCCUCCCUUUCGUUUUCUGGAUUAGAACUUGAGGAAGGCAGGUGGCAUCACCUUGCAGUUGUUCACAGCAAACCAAAUGCCCUUGCUGGGCUAUUCCAAGCCAGUGUUGCUUAUGUCUACCUGAAUGGAAAGCUGAGACACACAGGGAAACUAGGAUAUUCUCCAUCUCCAGUUGGAAAACCUCUGCAGGUUAUCAUUGGGACUCCAGUUACUUGUGCUAGGGUUGGUGACUUGACAUGGAAACUCCGUUCUUGCUACCUUUUUGAGGAAGUUCUCACACCAGGUUGUAUUUGUUUUAUGUAUAUUCUUGGUAGAGGAUACAGAGGACUCUUCCAGGACACAGAUCUUCUUCGUUUUGUACCCAAUCAGGCUUGUGGUGGUGGUAGCAUGGCUAUCUUAGAUUCAUUAGAUGCUGACCCUACAUUGGCUUCAAACUCACAGAGGCUUGAGACUAGCAAGCUAGGAGACUCCAAGACAGAUGGCAGUGGAAUUGUCUGGGAUUUGGAGAGAUUAGGAAACCUUUCUUUACAGCUCUCUGGAAAGAAACUUAUAUUUGCAUUUGAUGGAACAUGUACAGAAACUAUUCGAGCAUCAGGGGCUUUAUCCAUGCUCAAUCUAGUUGAUCCAAUGUCUGCUGCUGCAUCUCCUAUUGGAGGUAUACCACGUUUUGGCCGUCUUCAUGGGGAUAUUUAUGUCUGUAGGCAAUGCGUGAUUGGUGAUACUAUCUGCCCCGUUGGUGGAAUGGCUGUUGUCCUUGCCCUAGUAGAAGCUGCUGAGACUAGGGAUAUGCUACACAUGGCCCUUACUCUGCUGGCCUGUGCACUUCAUCAGAAUCCUCAAAAUGUGAGAGACAUGCAAACAUAUAGAGGAUACCAUUUGCUUGCUCUAUUUUUGCGUCGUAGAAUGUCACUAUUUGACAUGCAAUCUCUUGAGAUCUUCUUCCAGAUUGCUGCAUGUGAGGCUUCAUUUUCUGAACCAAAGAAGUUGGGAUAUUCUAAUUUGUCACCUGCUACAACCAUGCAGGACAAUAGUUUUGAGGAUCUGAAUUUUAAGUUUCGUGAUGAAUUUUCUUCGGUUGGAUCUCAUGGAGAUAUGGAUGAUUUUUCUGGACAUAAAGAUUCAUUCAGUCAUAUUUCAGAGCUAGACCAUGUUGAUAUGUCAGUUGAAACUUCAAAUUGCAUUGUGUUAUCAAAUCCAGAUAUGGUUGAACAUGUCUUGUUGGAUUGGACAUUGUGGGUAACAGCUGCAGUUUCAAUUCAGAUUGCACUACUGGGCUUCCUUGAGCAUUUGGUGUCCAUGCACUGGUAUAGAAACCAUAACCUUACUGUACUGCGCCGAAUUGACCUUGUUCAACAUUUACUUGUUACUCUGCAGCGGGGUGAUGUUGAAGUUCCUGUUUUGGAAAAAUUGGUUGUAUUGCUUGGGGUCAUUUUAGAAGAUGGCUUUCUGUCAUCUGAACUGGAACAGGUGGUCAGGUUUGUGGUUAUGACAUUUGAUCCACCUGACCUGACUUCACGACGUCCGAUUAUGCGUGAGUCAAUGGGCAAGCAUGUAAUCGUAAGGAACAUGCUGUUGGAGAUGCUUAUUGAUCUGCAAGUGACCAUAAAAGCAGAAGAGUUGCUUGAGCAGUGGCAUAAAAUUGUUUCAUCCAAAUUGAUAACAUAUUUUCUUGAUGAAGCUGUUCACCCAACUAGUAUGAGAUGGAUCAUGACUCUACUUGGUGUUUGUCUUACUUCUUCUCCUACAUUUGCACUGAAAUUUCGCAGCAGUGGUGGUUAUCAAGGCUUGGCUAGGGUUCUUCCAAGUUUCUUUGACUCCCCUGAUAUAUAUUAUAUUUUGUUCUGCCUGAUAUUUGGAAAGCCUGUUUAUCCUAGGCUACCAGAAGUUCGCAUGCUAGACUUUCAUGCCCUUAUGCCAAGUGAUGGGAGUAAUGUGGAACUAAUGUUUGUUGAACUGUUGGAAUCUGUGAUUGCAAUGGCAAAAUCAACUUUUGAAAGGUUGAGCAUGCAGUGGAUGCUUGCCCAUCAAACUGGCAAUCUUUCCCAGGUUGGUGCUGGCCUUGUGGCUGAGCUUGUUGAGGGGAAUGCAGAUAUGACUGGAGAGCUUCAGGGUGAAGCUCUGAUGCACAAGACAUAUGCAGCACGCUUGAUGGGUGGGGAGGCAUCAGCCCCUGCUGCUGCAACAUCAGUGUUGAGAUUUAUGGUUGAUCUGGCUAAGAUGUGCCCCCCUUUUUCUGCUGUAUGCAAACGAGCUGAAUUUCUUGAAAGCUGCAUUGACCUUUAUUUCUCUUGUGUAAGGGCUGCCUAUGCAGUGAAGAUGGCAAAGGAACUUUCUGUAAAGACGGAAGAGAAGAAUGUGAACGAGUGUGAUGAUACAAGUAGUUCACAUAAUACAUUUUCUAGCUUACCUCAUGAACAGGAUCAGUCUAUGAAAACAUCCAUUACUGUUGGAAGCUUCCCUCAAGGUACAAGUUCUGAAGAUAUGGUUGUCCAAAACUAUGUGGCUGAUAAUAAAGCAGAGACCAAAGUUGCUACAUCACAACAGGAGUUUAACAAAUCCAUGCAAGAUGAUGCCCCAGCUAUGCAUCGUUUAGAUGGUGACAAUACUGACCAGGUUUCUGCUACCUCCAGCUCUAAUGAAUUCAAUUUCCGUCGGAGGAAAGGCACUCUAGAAGAUAUACUACUGGUAGAUUCUCCGAGUUCCACAUCUUAUACCAUGCCAGAUUCUCCCAUUUUAUCAGAGAAGUCUAAUUCUAAAUUCUCAGUCACACCCUCAUCAUCUCCAGUUUUGGCAUUGACAUCUUGGCUGGGAAGUGCAGGCAAUACUGAAUCUAAAACUCCUUUAGUUGCCACUCCUCCCAUGGACUCUUCUAUUUCAAUUAAUGAAUUAGAGCUAUCUUCAGACUUGAAGUCUAGUUCUCAUGGGCCUUCAUCUGCAAACACCUUUUUCUCAGUAAGUCCAAAGCUGCUUCUUGAAAUGGAUGAUUCUGGCUAUGGGGGUGGCCCUUGUUGUGCGGGAGCAACUGCAGUUUUAGAUUUCAUGGCAGAAGUUCUUUCUGAUUAUGUCACUGAACAAAUAAAAGCUUCACAAAUUAUAGAGGGGAUCUUAGAAAGUGUUCCUUUAAAUGUUGAUGCUGACUCAGUGUUAGUGUUCCAGGGCUUGUGCCUUGGUCGACUGAUGAACUUUCUAGAAAGACGUCUCUUGCGGGAUGACGAAGAAGAUGAGAAAAAGCUUGAUAAAAGUCGCUGGUCUUCAAACUUGGAUGCAUUAUGCUGGAUGAUAGUGGAUCGAGUAUAUAUGGGUGCCUUUCCUCAACCAAUGGGAGUGCUGAGAACUUUGGAGUUCUUGUUGUCUAUGUUACAAUUGGCAAACAAAGAUGGUCGAAUUGAAGAAGCUGUUCCAAGUGGAAAGGGUCUUUUGUCCAUCACAAGAGGGACUAGACAACUUGAUGCUUAUAUCCAUUCAAUUCUUAAAAAUGCAAAUCGUAUGGUUUUGUAUUGUUUCCUUCCAUCAUUCUUGAUUUCAAUCGGAGAAGAUGAUCUUCUUUCAUCCUUAGGUUUGCUAAUAGAAUCUAAGAGGAGGACAUCCCCGAAUACCUCUCAUGAUGAUGCAGGAAUUGAUAUCUGCACAGUUUUGCAGUUAGUAGUGGCUCAUAGGCGUAUUAUAUUCUGUCCCAGCAAUAUUGAUACUGAUCUAAAUUGUUGUCUUUCUGUGAAUUUAAUAUCUCUUCUACAUGAUGAACGGCAAAAUGUACAGAACAUGGCAGUUGAUAUUUUCAAGUAUCUCCUAGUACAUCGUAGGGCUGCUCUAGAAGAUUUGCUCGUCUCUAAACCAAACCAAGGACUUCACUUGGAUGUACUACACGGAGGUUUUGAUAAAUUAUUGACCGGAAGUUUAUCUGCUUUCUUUGAGUGGCUUCAGAGUUCAGAACAGGUUGUGAAUAAAGUGCUGGAACAGUGUGCUGCCAUUAUGUGGGUUCAGUAUAUUGCUGGAUCAGCAAAAUUUCCUGGAGUGAGAAUUAAAGGUAUGGAAGGACGUCGGAAGAGGGAGAUGGGGAGGAAAACAAAGGAUACUUCAAAGUUAGAUCUAAAGCAUUGGGAACAGCUGAAUGAACGGAGAUAUGCACUGGAAUUGGUUCGUGAUGCAAUGUCUACUGAGCUGAGAGUUGUCCGUCAAGAUAAGUAUGGAUGGGUUCUGCAUGCUGAGAGUGAGUGGCAAACUCAUCUCCAACAACUUGUACAUGAGCGUGGAAUAUUCCCAAUGCGUAAAUCAGCUGUGACUGAGGAUACUGAAUGGCAGCUUUGUCCAAUUGAAGGUCCGUAUAGGAUGCGUAAAAAACUUGAGCGCUGCAAAUUGACAAUUGACACCAUACAGAAUGUUCUUGAUGGACAGUUUGAACUAGGGGAAGCAGAGGUGCCCAAAGGAAAAACCGAUAGUGGUCCAGAUAGUUCUGAUACUGGUUCUGAAUCAUUUUUUCACCUGUUGACUGAUGGAGCCAAACAGAAUGAUCUUGAAGGUGAGCUGUAUGAUGAAUCACUUUUUAAAGAAUCUGCCAAUGUAAAAAAUGCAGAUUCCGUUAGGAAUGGAUGGAAUGAUGACAGAGCUAGUAGCAUAAAUGAAGCAAGUCUACACUCUGCACUAGAGUUUGGUGGCAAGUCUAGUGCAGUGUCUGUUCCAAUUGAAGAUAGUACGCUGGGAAGAUCUGACUUGGAAUCUCCUAGACAGUCAUCUUCUGCGAGAAUUGAUGACAUGAAGGUAAUGGAGGAUAAACAGGAUAAGGAACUUCAUGAUAAUGGUGAAUAUCUAAUCAGACCUUAUUUGGAACCUCUUGAAAGGAUACGGUUCCGAUAUAACUGUGAACGAGUUGUGGGUCUUGACAAGCAUGAUGGUAUAUUUCUGAUAGGCGAGUUUUGUCUGUAUGUAAUUGAAAAUUUUUAUAUAGAUGACUCUGGGUGCAUUUGUGAAAAAGAAUGUGAAGAUGAACUGUCUGUUAUUGAUCAGGCUCUGGGUGUUAAGAAGGAUGUCACUGGCAGUAUGGAUUUCCAAUCCAAGUCAAGUUCAUCUUUGGGCACAGUGGUUAAGUCAUUGGUUGGGGGAAGAGCAUGGGCCUAUAAUGGUGGUGCAUGGGGAAAGGAGAAAGUGUGCACAAGUGGUAAUCUGCCUCAUCCUUGGCGCAUGUGGAAGCUUAAUAGUGUUCAUGAGAUUUUGAAACGUGAUUACCAAUUGCGUCCGGUUGCUGUUGAGAUAUUUAGCAUGGAUGGAUGCAAUGAUCUCCUGGUGUUCCACAAAAAGGAGAGGGAAGAAGUGUUCAAAAAUCUUGUUGCCAUGAAUCUUCCAAGGAAUAGCAUGUUGGACACAACCAUUUCAGGAUCAACCAAACAAGAAAGCAAUGAGGGUAGCCGUCUGUUUAAGAUAACUGCUAAAUCCUUUUCAAAAAGAUGGCAAACUGGAGAAAUUAGCAACUUUCAGUACCUGAUGCAUCUCAAUACCUUGGCGGGACGUGGAUACAGUGACCUUACCCAGUAUCCUGUAUUUCCAUGGGUUCUUAGGGAAUAUGAAAGUGAAAAUUUAGACUUGUCAGAUCCAAAAACAUUUCGUAGACUGGAUAAACCAAUGGGUUGUCAGACUCCAGAAGGAGAAGAUGAAUUUAAGAAAAGAUAUGAGAGCUGGGAUGACCCAGAGGUCCCAAAAUUUCAUUAUGGUUCUCAUUAUUCUAGUGCGGGAAUUGUCCUGUUCUAUCUUCUACGCCUACCGCCUUUCAGUGCAGAGAAUCAGAAGCUACAGGGCGGGCAGUUUGACCAUGCUGAUCGUCUUUUUAAUAGUGUUAGGGAUACUUGGUUAAGUGCAGCUGGAAAGGGGAAUACGUCAGAUGUGAAAGAAUUAAUUCCAGAAUUUUUCUACAUGCCAGAAUUCCUUGAAAAUCGAUUUAAUCUUGAUUUGGGAGAGAAACAAUCUGGAGAAAAGGUUGGUGAUGUCAUGUUACCUCCAUGGGCCAAAGGCAGUGCUAGAGAGUUCAUCAGGAAGCAUAGAGAGGCACUGGAAUCUGAUUAUGUGUCGGAAAAUUUGCAUCACUGGAUAGACCUCAUCUUUGGAUAUAAGCAGAGAGGGAAGGCUGCUGAGGAAGCUGUAAAUGUUUUCUAUCAUUACACAUAUGAGGGAAGUGUGGACAUAGACUCGGUUACAGAUCCUGCAAUGAAAGCCUCAAUUUUAGCACAAAUUAAUCAUUUUGGGCAGACACCCAAGCAGUUAUUCCUCAAACCCCAUGUGAAAAGGCGAGUCGACAGAAAACUUCCUCCUCAUCCCCUCAAGCACUCUAGCCAUAUUGUUCCUCAUGAGAUACGCAAGAGUUCAUCUCCGAUAACACAGAUUGUUUCUAUCAAUGAGAAAAUUCUUGUGGCAGGAGCAAAUAGUUUGCUUAAACCACGAACAUAUACAAAGUAUGUUGCAUGGGGUUUUCCAGACCGUAGCCUGAGAUUUAUGAGCUAUGAUCAAGACCGUCUCCUCUCCACGCAUGAAAAUCUUCAUGGGGGAAACCAGAUUCAGUGUGCUGGUGUUAGCCAUGAUGGUCAGAUUCUUGUCACUGGUGCUGAUGAUGGUUUAGUUUCUGUUUGGAGAAUCAGUAAGCAUGGGCCGCGUAUCUUGAGACGCUUGCAUCUAGAGAAGGCACUGUGUGCCCACACAUCCAAAAUCACAUGUCUUCGUGUCUGCCAGCCUUACAUGCUUAUUGUGACGGGAUCAGAUGAUUGCACUGUUAUUAUAUGGGAUCUCAGCUCCUUGGCAUUUGUUAGGCAGCUUCCUGAGUUUCCAGCACCAGUUUCAGCAAUAUAUGUGAAUGACUUGACCGGGGAAAUUGUGACAGCAGCGGGGAUUUUACUUGCUGUUUGGAGCAUCAACGGGGACUGCCUUGCAGCAGUUAACACAUCCCAACUGCCAUCUGAUUCUAUUCUCUCUGUGACAAGUAGUUCAUUUUCUGACUGGCAGGAUACAAACUGGUAUGUGACAGGUCACCAGAGUGGGGCUGUCAAGGUGUGGCAAAUGGUUCACUGCUCCAUCCUAGAAAGUUCUCAAAACAAGUCACCGCGAAGUGGGAUGGUUGGAUUAAAUCUCGGUGAUAAGGCGCCAGAAUAUAGGUUGGUCCUCCACAAGGUGUUAAAGUUUCAUAAGCACUCUGUUACUGCCCUCCACCUCACAAAUGACUUGAAGCAGUUGCUCAGUGGAGAUUCUGGUGGGCAUUUGCUGUCGUUGACACUGCCAGAUGAGGUCUUGAAAGGAUCAGUUAGUCUGGGGUGAGGAAGGAAGAUAAUCGUCAAGUGUGAUAAUUUAAAACACAAUGGGCAGCUGACCGUUCUAAUUAUUCUUCAUGGGACCCAGAAAAAAGGUUCUGUGAGUUUGUCAUCGUCGAUAGAAGAAUGAGUGCUGCGUUCAUAUGCAUGGAAAGGAAAAACAAGACAACAGGGCUGGCCUGUUAUUGAGACAGGAGAGAAAGGAAGAUGAAACCUUUCGUAAAGUUCUGACUAAAAUGUUGAAAACUAGAACCAGCUUGAGGCCUAGCUACCACUGUGUACACCUGGCGGGUUAAGAGUGAUUGAAAGAAGGUGCCAUGGAAGGCUGUGCUUUUGUUGUACUUUGCAUGGAUAGGAGGAUGUUUUCAAUUUUGUGCGAGAACAUCUAGUUUAUAGGAAUUUUGAUCUGUAAAUAGGAGUAGUAAACCAACAGUGUGUAAUGAAGUUGUAUAGCGGAAAAAAGCGUGAAAGUAAUGGGUCGUUGGGUGAAAAUGGACGGCUGAUUUUGGAUGUGGGACAGUUAAUUGGUCAAGUGUGUUCUUUUUCGGCUAAAAAUUCUUUUGGCAUAGCACAUUGGGCAUUCUUGCCGGUUUCUUUGUUGUGAAAUGUACAAAUGCUCUUUCUCUGAAUCUAUGAAUCUAUAAUGGAAAUGGUUCUUCGCUA